UCUCUCUCUCUCUCUCUCUCUCUCUCUCUCUCUCUCUCUCUGUCUGUCUGUCUCUCUCUCUCUCUCUCUCUCUCUCUCUCUCUCUCUCUCUCUCUCUCUCUCUCUCUCUCUCUCUCUCUCUCUCUCUCUCUCUCUCUCUCUCUCUCUCUCUCUCUCUCUCUCAAAUGUCUUCCUUACCGAUAGGAGUAAGAAGUAUAACCCUGAAUAGUGUACUACCUUUUGGGGAGAGGACUAACAUGUCGGGGUUUUGUGAAACAUUUGUGUUCUGUGUUGUUCGAGUCACAUGUGGCCCAGCAUAUCCGUGGCUAAGAUGUGGUCGCCUCUUCCUCCAUGCUGCCAUAGCCGCUGAGGCCCUGAACAAGGUAGGUGAGACUCGGCCGCUGGAGCACAAGUCUGAGGGCGGACUCCUCGCUCUCUUGCGUGUGGUGAGUCAAAGGGCCGGACGUGGGUGUGCAGGAGUCUCAAGUAAGAUAGGAACUUCGGAAUUUAAAAAAUCGGACGCCCACAGGAAAAUUAAUGACUUUCCAAGGCCAUGGAAGUCUCUGGACAAGGGGCGGUCACUGUGGCGGGCUGGGAGGAGCGGCGCAAGACACAGGCCCCGCCGCUCCCUGCCGCUGGCUCCCACCAUCUCAGGCCCCGCCCCGCGCCCCGCCCACCCUUCGCCUCGUGUUUCCCCUGUCGACUCAAGGGGGGCGGACUCAACAUCCCACGAUUCCAGUUUUCCAGUAACCCUGAAGGAAGACCAUCAUACCUAUGACGGUGACGUGGACGAGACCCACCAUGACUCCCAUAAUAAUAACUCCGACCCAGGAGGCAGAGGUGAUGCUCAUCAUGAUAAGAAUGACACCUCCCAUAACAACGACGAUGACUUCCUCCUUGACGACCACCAUGACGGCAGACAGGACGACCACCACGACGACCAUCACGACAACCAUCAUGACGACGACGACCAGCAUGACCACCAAGACGAUGAACAGGACGAACACCAUGACGGCCACCACGACGACCGCUAUAACGACCAUGACGACCACCAUGAUAAACAUGACCACCAUGAUGACCACCACGAUGUCCACGAUGAUAACCAUCAUGAUGCCCACGAUGAUGACCACCAUGACGACCACAAUGACGAACAUGACCACCAUGACGACCACCACGAUGACCACCAUGAUGUCCACAAUGAUGACCACCAUGACGACCACCAUGAUGAACAUGACCACCAUGACGACCACCACGAUGACCACCGUGAUGCCCACGAUGAUGACCACAAUGAUUACCACCAUGACGACCACGAGGAUGACCACCGUGACGACCAUCAUGAUGAACAUGAUCAUCAUGACGACAACCAUGAUGACUACCAUGACGACCACGAUGAUGACCACCAUGACGACCACCAUGAAGAACAUGACCACCAUGAUGAACCUGACCACCAUGAUGACCACCAUGACGACCACCAUGAUGCCCACGAUAAUGACCACCAUGACGACCACCAUGAUGACCACCAUGAUGACCACCAUGACGACCACCAUGAUGACCACCAUGACGACCACCAGGAUGACUACCCUGAUGAACAUGACGCCCAUGACGACCACCAUGAUGCCCACCUUGAUGAACAUGACCACCAUGACAACCAUGACCACCAUGACGACCACCAUGAUGCCCACCUUGAUGAACAUGACCACCAUGACAACCAUGACCACCAUGACGACCACAAUGAUGAACAUGACUACCAUGACGACCAUGACCACCAUGAUGAACCUGACCACGAUGACGACCACCAUGAUGACUACAAUGACGGCAAUCAUGAUGACCACCAUGACGAUCAUCAUGAAGACCACCAUGAUGAACAUGACCAGCAUGACGACUACCAAGAUAACGACGAUGACAACCACCAUGACGUCCACCACGAUGAAGAUGGCUACCAUGACGACCACAGUGACGACCAACAUGAUGAACAUGACCACCAUGACGAGCACAGUGACGACCACCAUGAUAAACAUGACCAUCAUGACAACCACCAUUUUGAACAUGAUCACCAUGACGAGCACAGUGACGACCACCAUGACGACCACCAUGAUAAACAUGACCACCAUGACAACCACCAUGAUGAACAUGACCACCAUGACGAACAUGACCAUCAUGACGACCACCAUGAUGAACAUGACCACCAAGACGACCAUCAUGAUGAACAUGACCACCAAGACGACCAUCAUGAUGAACAUGACCACCAUGACGACCAUCGUGGCGACCGCCAUGAUGACCACCACGAUGAACAUGACUACCAUCAUGAUGACCACCAUGAUGAACAUGACCACCAUGACGACCGCCACGAUGACCACCAUGAUGAACAUGACCACCAUGACGACCGCCACGAUGACCACCAUGAUGAACAUGACCACCAUGACGACCGCCACGAUGACCACCAUGAUGAACAUGACCACCAUGACGACCGCCACGAUGACCACCAUGAUGAACAUGACCACCAUCUUGAUAUACAUGACCACCAUCUUGAUGUACAUGACCACCAUGACGAACAUGACCACCAUCUUGAUGAACAUGAUCACCAUGACAACCACCAUAAUGAACAUGACUACCAUGACGAACAUGACCACCAUGACGACCGCCAUGAUGACCACCUUAAUGGACACCAUGAUGACCACCAUGACGAUCAUCAUAACGACCAAAAUGGUGACCAUCAUGGUGAACAUGGUCACCAUGAUGACCAUCACGAUGACUCCCAUGACCAGCACGGUGACCAUCAUGACCUCCCGAUGAGUGACUUGGCUAGGAACCUUGAGUUCAACGACACAGGUGACGGCCAAUCAACGCUUCUGCCCAGCAAGGAGGCUCAGGCGGCGCGCGGGGACAGUGCUGCAUGCGAGGGUGGAAUAACGACCCAUAGUGCCAGUGGCCCUCCUCCCUGCCCAACUAACAAUUCCCAACCCGCCAAGGAGGAACAGGAAGAAGGAAACGAUGAAGGAAAAUUGAUGAUUAUGAAGGACAAGAAGGCAACAAACGAUGAGAACGAAGACAAGAAAGAAGAGGAAAAUGAUGACAUCCCACAGUUUCCUCUCAGCAAGCCCCCCCGUGCCACACACCCUCCGGCCCACACCACCGCCAGGCCGCCCAUGAUCACUCUCCCCGCCCUGGUUUGGCAGCCCCUGGGGGAGCCAGGUCGCCCGCGGGCCCGCGGCUCAGGUGGUGUGGGAACAACUACCUCACCCUCCACCUCUCUGCUGUGCCUCACCCUCACCAUCACCCUCAUCGCGGCCACCGUCCGCUCCCUCAUUGGCAGCCCGUAGUUUCGAGGCGGCGACAUCCCUUGCAGAAGACGCUGGCCAGUCUGUUCUUAUGGAUCGCUAUUUAAGUGCAUUAUGAAGUCGUGUUUGUUAAAUGCGUGGGUUUAUUUUUAAGCAAUUUAUAUAUGAUAAAACAGAUUUAUUGUUUACUUCAAGGCGUUUUAUAUAUAUAUAUAU